UCUGUAGUGUUGGUUCUGCUGCUAUCUUAGUAUUUAAAUUGAAAUUGAUCGAAUUCAGAAUGUUUCGUAUUUACAAAUUGAAGUUUGUGAGCUUGUUUUCGGGAAAGAUGACGGACACGUUUGAAGCAAAGAAAGGCUCUCUGGCUUCGUCACCAGAUGUUGAAGUACGGGCUUCCAUCGCGCCACCCGGAAGGACGCCGUUCCCGAAGUUUCAAAAAUACGAGAGUGACAGUGAAACAGACUCUUGCGGGAGUGAACAGCAAGAAGAAUACUUGGAUAAUGAAUUACUUCAUGAAUCAUCAAUCAUCGAAGAGAUCCCAACAUUAGAUUCUGAACGCUUUGAACAUAUUCCCGUGUUAAGAACACCGAAACGUCAUGUCUCGAGAAGAACUGCCCUUGAAAUAACUAGAAGAAGAAUAGAUUUCGAUUUACCAGAAUAUACUGAACUUGGAGAUCUGCAAAAAAAAAGUUACAAAAACACCACGACUAAGGACACAGCUGUUUAAAAACAAAACCAGCGAAUGAAAAAAAAAAAGAAAAAAAGUGUACUAGAAAUUAAAACUUUGUAGUAUUAUAAACCUAUAUUAUAUUGUUAAUUGUAAUAACUAAUUAACUCUGUUAUUGAUAUA